AUGAUGCGCGUUCUUGAGGCCAAUGCGCCUCCGAAGCAGACGGCAACCGACACCAUCAGCACUCUUAGUGGGAGGCUGACGAGCGCAAGCCUCCUCGAAGACCGUCGCGCUGCCAUUCUCGGCCUCCGGAGCUUCGCGAAACAAUAUCCCGCCUCGGUCGCUUCGGGCGCGCUCAAAGGACUCAUCGCCUCGCUGACUAAAGAUGGCGACGACGUCGACACGCUCAAGGUGGUGCUCGAGACGCUGCUCAUGCUCUUCCACCCGGACGAGACCAGUCACGAGGCCUCGGAAGAGUUGGAGCUGCUGCUGGCCGACCAGUUCUCACAACGGCAAGACAACAUCACUCUCCUGCUUGAUCUCCUAGACAAGCCCGACUUCUACUCCCGCCUCUAUUCGCUGCAACUGAUACGCGCCAUUUCGCUCGCCCGCCCCCAACGAACCCAGGAAUGUGUCCUCACAGCCCCAGGCGGCAUCGAGCGCCUGGUAGCCACCUUGGACGACCCCCGCGAUGCCAUCCGUAACGAAGCCCUCGUCGUCCUCACCGACCUUUCCCGAACCUCUGCCGAACUCCAGAAGCUCUUCGUCUUCGAGGAUGCCUUUACCAAGGUCUUCAACAUGAUACAUGCCGAUGGCGGCCUCACACAAGGCGGGGUUGUGGUUCAAGAUUGCUUGAGUCUGCUGGCUAUCCUCAUACGCUUCAACGUGUCCAAUCAGACCAACAUAAGAGAGAUGGGCCAUGUCGCGAGGUUUGCCGCGCUGCUACCCGGCGGCAACAAGCCGAAGAAGGCACGCGCGAGUGCUGAAGAAGAGGACGAUUGGGUCAGUCCGCAGAGCGACAAGAACAUCUGGGGGCUGCUCGCCAUCAUGCGCAUGUUCCUCGUCAAAGGCAGCCCGGGCACAUUACAGAACCAGAACGUCUUCCAGCAGCAUGGCCUCGUUCGCCAACUUCUGAACAUUGCUUUCGACCCCGCCACCGCCAUGCCUAUCAAGAUCGAGGCUCUCAACACGUGCGCGGAUCUGAUUAGAGGCAACGCUCGGCUCCAAGAAGGAUUCGCUCAAGAGCAGGUCAGGCCCAUUGUUGAGCCCCCUACGAAUGGCGUCACUUCUCCCAACGGCGUACCUUCCGUAUACGUUAUUGAAGCGCUUCUGAACAUGGUCCUUUUUCCAGCGCCGAACGAGUUGUUCGACCUGCGCAAUGCAGGAUGCGAGUGCAUCAAAGCCUAUUUCUACAAUCACAGACAAAUACAAGAACACUUCCUGAACCGAGCCAUCGGUGGCCACGAGGGCGGCGACGAAACAGCCAAUGCUCUUACAAUCCUCAUGGCUGGACCACAAGUUCCCCCAACUGGCGACCCAUACAGAAUCUGGUUUGCCUCAAACCUAAUCUAUCACCUCAUCUUCGAUGACUAUCAAGCGAAAGACACUCUUAUGGGGGUCAAGGAAGGAGACGCAGAGAACGGUGAAGAGGUCGUCACUUGCAUACAAACGCUUACUGCGAAUCUCAUCGCAAGCCUGCAACUCGGGGAAGAUGAGCGCAUAUCGGUAGCUUAUCUGAUGUUAUUGCUAGGCUGGCUAUUCGAGGAUGCCGCUGCAGUAGAUGAUUUCUUGGGAGAAGCCAGCAGUCUGCAAAGUCUGGUGCAAGCCGUCCUGACCCCUGGAGAAGACCGGGUCAUGAUUCGCGGUCUUUGUGCUGCACUGCUGGGAGUCGUAUACGAAUUCUCAACAAGGGACUCACCUGUGCCACGACGCGAACUACAACCAGUUCUCAUGACGAAGCUCGGUCGUGACAAAUACCUGGACGCUAUCACCGGAUUACGACGUCAUCCGCUCGUACGAGACUUUGAGGUCUUGCCCCGGACUGCCGGCGGAGGUGGUGGUUUGCCGGACAUCUUUUUCGACGAAGCCUUUGUAGACUUUUUAAAAGACAACUUCAGCCGACUAUCUCGGGCCAUCGAUCGCAACCCAAACAUCGAACAGCACCAGUCACACGAUGGCGUUGAUCGAGAUGUAGUUGAUGCACUUCGUGGCGAGAGUAACGAGAAGGAGCAAACCAUCCAAGAGCUCAAAGCACAACUCAUGACUUUGGAGCAAAAGAUAGACCAGGAGCAGGCCGAGCAUCGCAAGACCCAGCAAUCAGCCGAGGAGCAACGAAGCACCCUGAAGCGCAUCAAUGAUAAAUUGCACGACGAUCUCGAUAAGGAAGUUGCGAAGAAGGAUCGCGAGCAUCGACAAGCCAUGCUGGAGAUGGAGAACAAGUACAAUCUUCAAAUCGUUGCGCUCAACAACAAGGUGCAACAAGCGAGCAAGGACGCCAACCUCGCCAUCGCAAAGCUCAGACAAGAGUACGACGAGCAGCUCCAUGACGCACACAGAGCACGCACUGAAUUAGAGCGUCGAUUAGGCGCCUCAGAGAAGGCCCGCCAGGAAGCCAUCGACAACAUCCGCAACCUCGAACAUACACUCAUACAAACCCGCACCGAAGUCGCCACCAUCACCGAAACCCUACGCAACGCGCAAACGCACGUCCAAAACAGCGAAGCACAGCUUCAACUCCUUACAGAGGAGAAAGAGACGCAACUCAGAGAGCUGGAAGAAGAGAAAGACACUCAACUCAAGCAACUCAAAGAAGAGACAGAGCAGUCCAUAUCCACUCUCGAAGCCCAACUCAAGCAAUCCACAACCGAAAAGUCUGCCCUUCAAUCCGCCAUCGACAAACUCAAAGCCGACAACCAAGAUCUUAAAACCAAGGCUCAAGAUUCAACUUGGAAGGCCAAGGAAGCGGAGGAGAAAUUACGGAAAGCUGAAGCCGCUGCAAAGUCAAACCCCCAAAAGGGCAAGGCGGGAGGUGCAAGUGAAAAGGAAGUCAAAGACCUCAAAGAGAAACUGCGUAAAGCGGAAGAGGCGGAGAAGGAGAAGGCGACUGAGCUUGAGGAUCUCAUCAUGGUGCUGGCUGAUCUUGAGGAGAAGAGGACGAAAGACAAGGAACGACUUAAGGCUCUUGGAGAGGAGGUUUCGGAUGCGGAGGAUGAUGACGACGACGAUGAUGAAGAAGAAGAUAGUGAUGACGAAGAGGAAGAGGAUGAUGAGGACGAAGAAGCGGAGAAGAAGAAGUAG